UGUGCUUAAAGUGCGUGAUUCAUGGAGGCCGAAAGCUUUGUCGGUCCUUAGUCACUUAGCUGGUGAUAAUCAACAAUUCGCUGUAAGAAUGCACUAAUUUACAUGUAAUAAUCGGUUUUUUACUCAAAUCGACGUAAUCAGGUUAUUUAAGAAACGUGCCGCGUAAAUACGGAAUCAACUUGGGAUAGUCAAACUUAUAAAAUCUUUGGAGUGUGUUCAAUAGCAAAAUGGCAGCAAGCGACUCCACGACGGACGAGAGCCUUUAUCCCAUCGCCGUUUUAAUCGACGAAUUAAAAAACGAGGAUGUCCAGUUACGCUUGAAUUCGAUCAAGAAACUUUCUACGAUUGCUCUUGCAUUGGGAGUUGAGCGUACACGCAGUGAGCUCAUUCCAUUCCUGACAGAAACCAUUUAUGAUGAAGAUGAAGUCCUCCUUGCACUCGCCGAACAACUUGGAACUUUUACACCUCUCAUCGGUGGUCCCGAAUUUGUGUAUCACUUAUUGCCCCCAUUGGAAUCGUUGGCAACAGUGGAAGAAACUGUGGUCAGGGACAAGGCAGUCGAAUCUUUACGCAACAUAGCACUUCAGCACAAUCCUGCGGAUCUGGAAGAACAUUUUGUGCACCUCGUAGAACGUUUAGCUUCCGGCGAUUGGUUCACGUCGAGAACAUCAGCAUGUGGAUUGUUCAGCGUUUGUUAUCCUCGUGUCAAUCCAUCUAUUAAAGCCGAGCUGCGAAAUCAUUUUCGCAAUCUAUGUCAAGACGAUACGCCCAUGGUGAGGCGUUCCGCUGCUUCAAAAUUAGGUGAAUUCGCAAAGGUUGUGGAAAUCGAGUAUUUAAAAUCAGAUUUGAUUCCUAUGUUCGUUAUUCUCGCCCAAGAUGAACAGGAUUCAGUCCGUCUUUUGGCGGUCGAUGCUUGUGUCAAUAUAGCUACUCUUCUACAACAAGAGGAUGUGGAACAGUUGGUGAUGCCAACCCUUCGUCAGUGCGCAUCUGACCAAUCGUGGCGAGUGCGGUAUAUGGUUGCAGAUAAAUUCACAGACCUUCAAAAAGCUGUUGGUCAAGAAAUCACGAAAACAGAUUUAGUGCCUGCAUUUCAAGUAUUGCUAAAAGAUACAGAGGCCGAAGUGAGGGCAGCAGCGGCCGAUAAGGUUCGCGAUUUCUGCCAAAAUUUGGACGUAUUCAAACAAGAGUCAAUUAUCAUGACGGACAUUCUGCCCUACAUCAAAGAACUCGUCGCAGAUCCAAAUCAGCAUGUCAAGUCAGCCUUGGCCAGUGUAAUAAUGGGUCUCAGUCCCAUUCUUGGAAAACACAACACAAUCGAACACUUACUACCGCUAUUCCUCUCUCAAUUGAAAGACGAAUGCCCCGAAGUUCGUCUCAAUAUCAUCAGCCAUUUGGACUGCGUUAAUGAAGUUAUCGGAAUUCAGCAAUUAUCUCAGUCCCUUUUGCCCGCCAUAGUUGAACUUGCAGAAGAUUCGAAAUGGCGAGUUCGACUGGCGAUCAUCGAAUACAUGCCGCUUUUGGCCGGUCAGCUUGGAGUGGAAUUCUUCGAUGAAAAGUUGAAUUCUCUGUGCAUGACUUGGCUUGUAGAUCAUGUAUACGCAAUUAGGGAAGCGGCGACUUUGAACUUAAAGAAACUUGUAGAAAAAUUCGGACCUGAGUGGGCCCAGAACACGGUAAUACCCAAGGUCUUGGCCAUGUCGAGGGACCAAAAUUAUCUUCACAGAAUGACCUGCCUUUUUUGCAUCAACGUGCUGGCUGAAGUCUGCGGCCCUGAAAUCACAACAAAAGUCAUGCUUCCAACAGUCCUAGCGAUGGCAAAUGACAACGUGGCGAAUGUCAGGUUUAAUGUAGCCAAGACCCUUCAGCGCAUUGGUCCUUACCUAGAACCCAGCGCAGUACAGGCACAGGUAAAGCCUGUACUAGACAAACUCAACACUGACACUGAUGUCGACGUUAAGUAUUUUGCUUCUGAAGCAAUUGCUGGUAUUGCAGCAUAAUUCAAACAGGAAAACCGAGUGCAUUUAUCGAGUAUCGAACAACAUGCGACAUCUGAUUUAAUAAUAAUUAAAACAGAAAAAACAGAUACAUUGAUCACACUAUUUCUACUUGCUACGCGCGGAAAACGUAUGUAAACUGCACAGGCAGGUCUAAAUCAGACGUAAAAUUUCGAGAUAGCGAAUAACGUUGAAUAAUAUUUUUAGUUCUGUUGUAUUUGUAUAUCUAUAAUGCUGUACUAAGGUCGAUUAUUCGAUUUAAUUAUUGGUAUCAUGUAUCUCUCGUACCUACUUAAGUCUUAACGAGUAAAUACUUAAUAAAGAAAAUGACUC